UGAGUCAGGGAGGGUGGGGAAUCGGAAGACUGCUGUACCAGUCACAGUCAGUUUACAGUAUUCCAUUACCCUCUCUCUCUCUCUCUCUCUCCCUCUCUCUCUCUCUCCCUCUCUUUGCUCCCUCUGCGUCUCCCUGCUCUUUUCCCGUAUCGCUUUGCCGUCCCCUGGAAGGAAGAAUCCCCUCUAGGCUUUUGAUGAUUUAGGGUGGAAAGUACCUCCAGGCUCAAAGGAGAUUAUUUGGUCACAAUAAUUCAAGAUGGCAAGCAUGCUCCAGAAGGUUCAGGAGAUGGGCUCGCACGCCACGGACAUCUACAACUACCUCUUGUCAGGAAUUGAUCCCCGGCUGAAGGAAUAUCCGAUGAUGCAGACUCCUGUCCCCAUGUCCGCGAUACUGCUGUGCUACCUCUUCUUUGUGCUGCACCUUGGGCCGCGCACAAUGGCCCAUCGGAAGCCCUUCCAGCUGAAGGAAGCCAUGAUCGUCUACAACUUCUCGCUGGUGGCACUGUCGAUAGUCAUCGUCUACGAGUUCCUGAUGUCUGGUUGGGCCACAACGUAUACCUGGCGAUGCGACCCGGUCGAUACGUCCAGCAGUCCCCAAGCGCUUCGAAUGGUCCGAGUGGCCUGGCUGUUCUGGUUCUCCAAGAUCAUCGAGCUCAUCGACACGGUCUUCUUCGUGUUGAGGAAGAAGCACGGCCAGGUGACCUUCCUCCACAUCUUCCACCACUCCUUCAUGCCCUGGACCUGGUGGUGGGGAAUCGUCUACGCUCCCGGUGGGAUGGGAUCUUUCCACGCCAUGGUGAAUUCCACCGUCCACAUCAUCAUGUACUUCUACUACGGCCUCUCUGCUGCUGGGCCGCGCUUCCAGAAGUUCUUGUGGUGGAAGAAAUACAUGACUGCCAUCCAGCUGACCCAGUUCGUCCUGGUGUCCCUGCACGCUACCCAGUAUUACUUCAUGGAGAGCUGCGACUACCAGUUCCCCAUGAUCCUCCACCUCAUCUGGAUGUACGGAACCUUCUUCUUCGUGCUCUUCUCCAACUUCUGGAUCCAGGCCUACGUGAAGGGCAAGCGGCUGCCGAAGCAGGGAGCGGAGCAGCGGCCGAACGGCAAGCGCCGCGAGAACGAGGACGGCGCCGACCACGGAGCGAGCAACGGCGCCGCCCACCGCCACGAGAACGGCGGCAGCCAGCUGAGCAAGAUGAAGAAGGCGUGAGCCCCCGCCCACCCCCCCGGUGAACUACUACGGAUUCCAAAGACUGUGUUUCUCUUCUAUUUUUUCCCCCGUUUUAAUCCCACGACUCGGGGGAAAUGACGUGGUCGAUGAUUUCCACAGUCGGCCCUCAAAACCUUCGGUUGCUUUGUCUGUUUGUCGAGCUCGAGUCGGGAAACCAAUUUAUGGAACAUACAUGUAUGAAGAGAAGAUGUUUUUUGACCAAAACAGUAUCUUCACUGAUGAUUGCAAAGAGCUCCUGGUUCAGCGUCACACUGGUAUUCACCUCACAUGCCUUCACUACUUCUCUGACCCCCACGUCGCACUGACCCCCCCCCCCCCCCCCGAUGAUGGAUAACUGUACAGUUUCUAUCAAACUUGAAAAGACUUUUUGUAAAUAGUUUUACAUCCAACAAAAUAACUAAUUUGUAUUGGUUUAGACUUUCUAAAUUUUGUUAUAUUGUGUAUUUAAAAUUUAAAUGCCAAUAAAUUUUUAAUUAUCUUA